GGACUCAUCACCUGGGCAAGUGCAAUAGCGAUAAAGGAAAAGAAGCGAGAUUUACCGUCGCCACGACGAUCGUCUUCCAUAUUGCCGCUUCAGACAUAGCGCAUCCAUCUCCUCGAUGGCGCCAUCGCAGCAGGUUUCCGGCCUGAUAAACGACGCUUCUGCACCGAAUCGCGUGUCGAAUUUCCUGAGCCGCUUUCAUGCACUAUUGCUAGCAAAGGGUGGUGAAAUGGUUGAUUCCACUGCAUCGCCAACCGGCGCCGAAGCAGAUAACAAGACUUAUGAGGUGACAAGGUCGCCUAGCUCUGUCCGAGAGGGUGAAGGUCCGGCGGCGGCUCUUCCGGGACAACUAGAUCCAGUGUAUGAAGCAAAAGCGAAAAUACUCAACGCGGCAAUCCAGGACAUUGGGAUGGGAUGGUAUCAAUGGCAACUCUUCAUUGUAGUCGGCUUCGGUUGGGCGAGCGACAACGCUUGGCCUGUUGUUACCUCACUCAUUCUACCAUCAAUCGCCAGCGAAUUCAACCCCAGCAAGCCCCCAUUGCUAUCUCUUUCUCAGAACAUUGGGCUUCUCGCCGGCGCCAUGUUCUGGGGUUUUGGAUGCGACAUAUUUGGGCGCCGUUGGGGUUUCAAUCUCACUCUGGGCAUCACCAGCGUCUUCGGUCUGAUCGCUGCAAGCUCGCCCAACUUUGCUGCAAUCGGUUGUUUUGCGGCCCUGUGGAGCUUCGGUGUUGGGGGAAACCUCCCUGUUGACUCGGCCAUCUUCCUCGAAUUCUUGCCAGGAAGUCAUCAGUAUCUCCUCACGGUUCUCUCCAUUAACUGGGCUUUUGCACAGGUCGUCGCAAACCUGAUUGCAUGGCCCCUUCUGGGGAAUAUGAGCUGUGAAGAGGCUGCAGGCUGUACGAGGUCGCAGAACAUGGGGUGGAGAUACUUCGUGAUCUGCAUGGGUGGUCUGGCCAUGAUCAUGUUCCUCGUACGGUUUGGUUGCUUCACUAUCUACGAAUCUCCAAAGUACUUGAUGGGCAAAGGGCGUAACGAAGAGGCUGUCAAGAUUGUUCAUGAGGUUGCAAGACGCAACGGGAGGACAUCGAACCUGACGAUUGAAGAUCUACAGGCUGUCGAACCCGAAGGCACGAUACAAGAAACUGCUGCGACCGCUGCCAUCAAAAGACGUCUCGAGAAGCUCAACGCUGAUCAUGUUCGUGCUCUAUAUAGAACAAAGAAGAUGGGAUUCUCCACUACUCUCAUUAUACUUAUCUGGGGGUUCAUCGGGCUAGCUUUUCCCCUCUACAAUGCAUUCCUUCCCUUCAUUCAGCGGCAACGUGGCCUUGACUUUGGUGACGGUUCGACGUAUAUCACCUACCGUAACUCUCUGAUUAUCGCAGUGCUUGGCGUCCCAGGGGCCAUACUAGGAGGCUUCCUCGUCGACCUUCCACGUUUCGGACGCAAAGGUACUCUCGCUUUGUCCACUGUCGCGACAGGUGUGUUCCUCUACGCUUCAACAACAGCUGUUACAUCGAAUCAGCUGCUUGGCUGGAAUUGCGCGUUCAAUUUCUGCAGCAACGUCAUGUAUGCAGUAUUGUAUGCGUACACGCCCGAGAUCUUCCCAACAAAAGAUCGUGGGACAGGGAAUGCUUUGACGGCCACGGCGAAUCGCAUAUUUGGUAUCAUGGCGCCUAUUAUCGCGAUUUAUAGCGACUUGGAGACAAGUGCACCGGUGUACACAAGCGGGGCUUUGUUUAUCGCAGCGGGCUUGCUAGUGCUUAUACUGCCGUUUGAGAGUCAGGGAAAGGCAAGUCUGUGAAGCAGAUGAUGGGUCUUAUGAGAGCAUGGAUGUGAACAUGAACAUGAAAGGGGAGUGGAUAGGAUUGUGUGCCGUUCUCCCUUGGUAUUCCUCAGUCAGUCUGGCAGUGAUAUGGCAGUCAGCUAUACAAAUGAUUACGCAC